CCGCGUCUUUGCUCCGCUCGUCGUCCACCAUGGCCGCCCUCUCACUCGCGCGGCCCGCGCUCCAGCUUCCCGUCUUCCGCGCGCCGCUCUGGAGACCACUCUUUGCGUCCUGGGGACUGGCCCCUGCGGCGGCGCUGGCCCCGUGGCGCACACAAUCCGCUCCUUCUCCGACUUGGGACAUUCGCGCCCGCCUCCAAUCACUGCUUGAGCUGCUUCCGGGAAUUGUGCUCGCGGUGCCAAAGAAGAAGACUUCGCACUCGAAGAAGCGUAUGCGCGCGGCUGGGAAGGGUCUAAAGGACAAGCAGAACAUCGUAUCUUGCCCUGGAUGCGGGUCACCAAAGCUUGCGCACCAUCUGUGCGGAAAGUGCUAUGGCUUCUUGUCCAAGCUCUGGAAGGGCAAGUUCCACAGACAUGGGGACAUGCCCGACCUGUCAUGAUUUGACGCCCGUGAAGGCGGCAUAGUUCCUAGUAACUGCUGCCGCCGCCCCGGUGCCCUGCGCGACGUAGUCAUUGGACCUUUCCGAAGGCUGGGGAGGGAAACGUCGGCCGCAUAGCAUGUUGACAUCACGAGCGUAGAUUCCCCUGCCCAUACUUGCAUCUCCUCCCUCGUUAGUUCACGACCACAUCACUCUUGAACCGAUGCGUUCAGGCGCUGCUGGAUAAAUGCACAGGAGGAGAUUGAACCCCCUCAUCCCUCGCAUGGUCUUUGCUCAAAUGACUUCGACGUCGGCGUAAAUGUCUAGUGCGCCCGGACUUCCAUGCCAGCAAAGCUGCACCUAUGAGUAUUUUGUUCACAUUUCUCGACAAUAGAGCACGAACCAUCUAUUUGCAAGUCC